CUUUUUAAAAUUCAUGAUAUACAGUAAUCUUCUAUUUGUUUGCUGCAGACAAGUCUUACAGAUGUAUAUAUAUAUCUAUGAAACCCUGUCACAUCACUGUAGAAGGCAGGACAUGCACCACUUGUAAAAGUAUCAAUCCUUUAAAUAAAGAGGCAGUUAAUAAUAUGUUGAGGUCCAUUUAUGCUGAUAACAGGCAGGUCCACUUUCCGUAAAUAUGUAGUGUAGAUUUAAAGUAGCAGAACAGGAAAAAACAUGUUGGGUGACAUCUCAAAGCGUUGACACACAUUUGAACCUAACAAACGUUAAUUCAACAUAUCCUGUUUCCUGUCUUUUUUUCUGUUGUGUAAAUCUCACAGUUCUCAAAGCCUCACUCAGAUUCUUCUAAGGCUUUCCUGAUGGCGUCCAAUAUCACCACCACCAUCUCCCAGCAGUCUUCUUCUUUCUCCCUUCCUCUGUCCAUCAACCACAUGGUCGGCAUCGCCAUCUUGACCCUCGCCUUUGUUCUGGGCUUCCCUGGGAACCUGUUUGUUGUUUGGACAGUGUUGUGCCGGGUAAAGAAGCGCUCAGUGACCUGUUUGCUGGUGCUGAAUCUGAGCAUGGCGGAUGCUUUCGUGCUGCUCAGCGCCCCUUUGUUCCUGCGCUACCUGGCUGGAGGCCGAGGCUGGGAGUUUGGCUCGGCAGCAUGCAAGCUGGUGCAUUACCUAUCGAGUGUGAACAUGUACGUCUCCAUCUACCUCAUCUGCCUGAUGAGCAUGGACCGCUGGUUGGCCGUGUCCAGGCCGUUUCUGUCCCAGAGGAUGAGAACCAAGCGCUCCCUCCUGAUUCUGCUGCUCGUCAUAUGGGUGUUGGCGUUCCUCAUGUCACUGCCGAUGCCUUUUUACCGCAGUAAUGUGAAGAAGAUUUUCCCAAACAAUAUCUCUUUGAGCUUCUGCAUGCCGUACCACUGGAAGAGCAAGGGUCACCGGGUCUUCCAGUACCUGUUUGAGACCAUCAUGGCCUGUCUGUUGCCUUUCUCCCUCAUCAACACAUGUUACUCCUCCGUCAUCUGUCGUCUGCAGAGUGCCAAGUUCCAGCGCCGAGCACAAGGCAGCCGCCUCAUCCUGAUGAUCAUCUGUACCUUUGCAGUUUUCUGGCUGCCGUAUCACAUCGUCAACAUCAUAGAGGUAGUGGGUCUGUUGCAGGACAGUAAAUCCACUGUUGAUGCCGCCCUUGCAGCCCGUCCAAAUGUCACAGCGUUUGCCUACUUCAGCAGUGCGAUCAAUCCUAUUCUGUACGUGUUCGCCGGCAGCUCCCACAUCCGCAACGCCGGCCUCAGCUUCAUGGGAAAGCUCUUCGAGGCCACCAACUCCGAGAGCAGGACCACGUCUACCUUCGCCAGAAGUGGUCGCAUUAGCCGCAGCAGCUCUUCACCGGACGAGAGCUCCGUCCUGAACACGCUCUCGGUUAAACUCGGGAGGCCUUUCAAAAGCAAGCACAAGGACAGGAGCGGCAGCGUGCCGGGAAAAGAGGUGGAUGAGCCUGAACUCAGGUCUCUGGCCAACCAACUAAACUGAUACACUGUGUUGACUCAUACAUUGAAUUAUAGGAUGUAUUUCCUUAACAUUUGGUACAAAAAGUAUGUAUGCCUAUAAGAUGAAUCAUUUGCUAUAUACCCCAAAAAAUGUUUGAUAUACAGCUAUACAGUAUAUAAUAUAUAAAUUUGUUUAGAUAUAUGUAAAUUACGACAUAUUUUGGAUGUGUGGAAAAGGCUAUUUUCUUUUACAUUUAAUUUGUAUUUGGUAAUUUCUAACUUAAUAAAGCUUUUUUUAUAUUUAA